AUGAGUAGUGAGUAGAUUACUUCAAUGAAACCGGUGAUAAGUGGGUGGAUUGGAUGUCGCUGAUAUGGCAAUGGAGUGAUUCGUAAAAGACUACUCCUCUUAUAAUUCUCGAAUUAAAAAUGUUUUAGAGUUACAGAUGCAUAUUUUAGCUUUAAAAGGAUAGUAUUGAUCAGAAAACCACAAUGAUUGGUGGUUUAUUUGUCUACAAUCACAAGGGAGAAGUUUUAAUUUCCCGAGUGUAUAGAGAUGAUAUUGGUAGAAAUGCUGUUGAUGCUUUUCGUGUAAAUGUCAUCCAUGCCAGACAACAAGUACGCUCUCCUGUUACCAAUAUAGCCCGCACAUCAUUCUUUCAUAUUAAAAGGGCAAAUAUCUGGAUAGCAGCUGUGACAAAACAAAAUGUGAAUGCUGCUAUGGUAUUUGAGUUUCUCUUGAAAAUAAUUGAUGUUAUGCAGUCCUAUUUUGGAAAAAUUUCAGAGGAGAACAUUAAGAACAAUUUUGUCCUUAUCUAUGAAUUGCUAGAUGAAAUCCUCGACUUUGGUUAUCCACAGAACACUGAUACAGGUGUAUUAAAAACUUUCAUUACACAGCAGGGUAUAAAAUCGGCUACAAAAGAAGAGCAAGCUCAAAUAACAUCCCAAGUUACUGGUCAGAUUGGCUGGAGAAGAGAGGGAAUUAAAUACAGGAGGAAUGAAUUGUUCUUAGAUGUCUUAGAAUAUGUUAACUUGCUUAUGUCUCCACAAGGUCAAGUUUUGUCAGCUCAUGUAGCAGGAAAGGUGGUAAUGAAAUCUUACCUGUCAGGUAUGCCUGAAUGCAAAUUUGGCAUAAAUGAUAAAAUUGUCAUGGAUGCCAAAGGAAAGGGAACGUUAGGAGGUUCUAGUGAUACAGAAGCUAAUAGAUCUGGUAAACCUGUUGUUGUAAUAGAUGACUGCCAAUUUCAUCAGUGUGUAAAACUCAGUAAAUUUGAAACUGAACAUUCUAUAAGUUUUAUUCCACCAGAUGGUGAAUUUGAAUUAAUGAGGUAUCGGACAACAAAAGAUAUAUCCUUACCAUUUAGAGUUAUUCCUCUUGUAAGAGAGGUUGGUCGCACAAAAAUGGAGGUUAAAUGUGUUCUAAAGAGUAAUUUCAAGCCGUCACUUCUAGGUCAGAAAAUUGAAGUGAAAAUUCCUACACCUUUAAAUACUUCAGGAGUUCAAUUGAUAUGCCUCAAAGGAAAAGCAAAGUAUAAAGCAUCAGAAAAUGCAAUUGUUUGGAAAAUAAAAAGAAUGGCAGGAAUGAAAGAGACUCAGCUAUCAGCAGAAAUUGAACUUCUAGAAACUGAUACUAAGAAGAAGUGGACUAGACCCCCAAUUUCAAUGAACUUUGAAGUACCAUUUGCUCCAUCUGGUUUCAAAGUACGUUAUCUUAAAGUAUUUGAACCUAAGCUUAACUAUUCAGAUCAUGAUGUCAUUAAAUGGGUGAGAUACAUUGGUAGAUCUGGUCUUUAUGAAACAAGGUGCUAGAUUAGAUGAUGUGUGUUGGAACAAAAAUGUUCUAAAUUAGUUUAUUUUAUGACUUGAGAAUAAACUGCUUUGGAAUUUAGAAAUAAAUGAAUAUUUAACCGAGUUCAAUAAUCAGAUUCAUCAGCGAAUUCAUACAUAUUUAGAUCACUUUCUGAAUUUUUUGCUGCAUAUCCUUUUAGAUUUAUGCCUCCAAAAUAAAUUAAAUAUAAUUUGUCAUCAUAUGAGCUCUUCAAUGAUCUAUAUGUUGUUCAAUGGAAGUUUAUGUAAUUAAGAACUAGAAAAUGUUAGUUUGUUGGUGGUUCAUAUGCAUAUAUAAGCUUGUUCAUAAUUGUUAAGAUAAUUGUAGUCUAUGUGAAGGAAAUACUCAAAUCAGUUGUUCAAAUUCAAUACUAAUGAUCUUUUUCUGAAGCCCCUAAAAAAUUUGGAUGGAAUUUCAGAGAUAUUCAGUAUUCAUGACAAAAAUUAUAAUUCAGCAUGAAGAUAAAACAAAUAUCAUUUUGAACAACCUAGUUUUAAGCUUAAGUAGUUGAUUGUCGUAUAAUGUAUUUUCUUUAUUGUUAUAAUUUUUUGUGAGUAGUAUAUCUUCCUUCAAUUAUCAGUCAAUAUAUUAUUUUAUUAUAAUUCCUAAAUUAAUAUAUAAUUGUAUAUAAAUUUCUACCCUUCAAUAAUAUAGUGGGGUGGAAUAUCAAUAAAUGUAAUAAUAUUCAAUAAACUAUCAAAAGUU